UUACACUUGGCACAAUGCAGUCAGGCAAGUACCGUUCUCCUGAUUCGUCACUCCAGAGAAAUGCGAUCAGGCAAGUACCAUUCUCCUGAUUCGUCACUCCAUAGAACACGUCUCUACUGCUCUAGAGUUCAGUGGCGGUGUACUUUAUACAACUGCAUCCGAUGCUUUGCAUUUCACUUGGUGAUUUAAGGCUUGGAUGCAUCUACUCAGUCAUGGAAACCCAUUCCAUGAAGCUCUCUAUGCACUGUUGUUGUUCUAAUCUGAAGGCCACACGAAGUUUGGAGGUCUUUAGCUAUUGACUCUGCAGAUAGUUGGAGACUUCUGCGCACUGUGUGCUUCAGCAUGUGCUGACCCCACUCUGUCAUUUUGCAUGUCCUGUCACUUUGUGGUUUAGUUUCUGUUGUUCCCAGUUGCUUCCACUUUGUUAUAAUACCACUAACAGUUGA